AUGUGGAAAAGCUUAAGAUUAACCCAAUCACAAUUAUCAAAAAUACAUUUCAAUGGCCACAAAUUGCAACCAGUCGGCGUUCCGGCACUUGAUUCAGUAUUAAAUCAAUGGUACGAAUUUUGCAAAAAGCCACCAAAAGGAUUUGAAAAAUAUUUUCAGCCUGGUGCCAGCCAACAGCAAACGAAAAAGAGUGAAAAAGAUGAAGCACCCGCACCGUCAAAAAGUUCCCCACCUCCGUCCAAACCUCCUUCAUCACAGGAUAAAUGGAAUAUCAAUAUGUUCUCUGGAAGUUCAGGUAGUGGCCGGGGAGGUGGACGCGGAGGAUUUGACAACCAAGACAGAGAUAAGUGGAUGAUGUUUGGAGCUAUGGGAGUUGUGACCUUACUGGCAUCAAUUGCUUACUUUGAGCUAAGAUAUCGAGAAAUAAGCUGGAGGGACUUUGUUAACAUGUAUUUAAAUAAAGGGAAUGUUGAAAAAUUGGAAGUCAUAAAUAAAAAAUGGGUUAGAGUAAAACUACAUCCUGGAGCAGCAUUUGAAGGAAAAGUCAUUUGGUUUGCCAUUGGCAGUGUAGAUUCGUUUGAAAGGAAUUUAGAAAAUGCUCAAAUUGAAAUGAAUGUAGAUCCACCUAACUUUGUUCCUGUAAUUUAUAAAACGGAGGUUGAAGCAGCCAGUUUAACAGGAAUACUACCAACACUCCUGAUUAUUGGUUUUUUAAUUUAUAUGAUGAGAAGGUCCGCGAACAUGAUGGGUGGGGCAGGUCGUAAAGGAGGUGGUUUAUUUGGUGGUGUUAUGGAGUCUACUGCAAAGUUAAUAAACCCAACUGAUAUUGGGGUAAAGUUCAAAGAUGUAGCUGGUUGUGAGGAAGCAAAAAUUGAAAUAAUGGAAUUUGUUAACUUUUUAAAAAAUCCUCAACAAUAUAUCGACUUAGGAGCCAAAAUCCCUAAAGGAGCAUUGCUCACUGGUCCCCCUGGUACUGGUAAAACAUUACUAGCAAAAGCAACAGCUGGUGAAGCUAAUGUCCCUUUCAUUACAGUCUCUGGUUCUGAAUUUCUAGAGAUGUUUGUUGGCGUAGGUCCUUCAAGAGUCCGUGACAUGUUUGCAAUGGCCCGUAAACAUGCCCCUUGUAUCCUGUUUAUUGAUGAAAUUGAUGCAGUAGGUCGAAAGAGAGGUGGCCGUAGUUUUGGAGGCCACUCUGAACAAGAAAAUACUCUUAACCAGUUGCUAGUCGAGAUGGAUGGUUUCAAUACAACUACAAAUGUUGUUGUCUUAGCUGCAACUAACCGAGUAGAUAUUCUAGAUAAAGCUCUACUCAGGCCUGGUAGAUUUGAUAGACAAAUCUUUGUUCCGGCACCAGAUAUCAAGGGCAGAGCCUCCAUCUUCAAAGUACAUUUAGGCCCUCUAAAGACAACAUUGAACAAAGAAAACUUAGCUCGUAAAAUGGCAGCAUUGACACCAGGUUUUACAGGCGCAGAUAUUGCAAACGUGUGCAAUGAAGCGGCACUUAUUGCUGCCAGAGAAUUAGCUAACGACAUAACAAUGAAGAACUUUGAGCAAGCCAUUGAAAGGGUAGUUGCUGGUAUGGAGAAGAAAUCGAAUGUCUUACAGCCUGACGAGCGAAAGAUCGUCGCUUACCAUGAAGCUGGUCACGCUGUAGCAGGCUGGUUCUUGCAACAUGCGGACCCAUUGCUUAAGGUGUCCAUCAUACCCAGAGGAAAAGGCCUUGGAUACGCACAGUAUUUACCCAAAGAACAAUAUUUGUACAGCAAAGAACAACUAUUUGAUAGAAUGUGCAUGACUCUCGGUGGCAGAGUCAGCGAGGAAAUAUUCUUCGGUAGGAUAACCACAGGCGCUCAAGAUGACUUAAAAAAGAUAACGCAGAGUGCGUACGCUCAAAUUGUUCACUACGGAAUGAAUGCAAAAGUCGGUAAUGUCUCAUUUGAAAUGCCUCAGCCCGGUGAAAUGGUUAUAGACAAACCUUACUCAGAGAAGACAGCAGAACUAAUAGACAGUGAAGUAAGGGAGCUUAUAAAUUCGGCGCACAAACACACAACCGAACUGUUAACGAAACACAAGGACAACAUUGCUAAAGUAGCGGAGAGGUUACUAAAGCAAGAGAUCUUAAGUAGAGAUGACAUGAUAGAACUGUUAGGACCGAGGCCCUUCCCAGAAAAGAGUACUUAUGAGGAAUUUGUUGAAGGUACUGGAUCGUUAGACGAAGACACAACUCUUCCCGAAGGUCUUAAAGAUUGGAACAAAGAAAAACAAACGACUCCCGCAUCGGACAGCACAACACCCAACACCAGUAAAAACUAA